GCAUGAUCCGUUGCCACUAAGUGUGUGAGUCGUCAUCAAAGUUUAAACUAAUUUGCCACAACUUCCCAUAUAGCCUAUAUAAAGGAAGCUCCGUCCUCUCGAGUACCCACGAGCUGCACACCAACUUUUUUUUUUGAAUGCAGCUGCACAACAGUAUUUGGCAAGACUACAGAAACACCGGAAGGCAGAGGAAUUCAACCAAUUGAAGGUGUUGAUUGCCACAUCCAGCUGGAUCGCUUGUAACUCCCUGACCUGGAUCUGGAUGGCUGCCUUAUAUCUCCCUCGCUGGAUCUGCAUCGACUGCUCACUCCUCAUCACGGAUCUCUCCACUUGAUUCAAGUUCAAGCUAAACGAGCGAGCGAGCCCUGCAACUACUUUCCAGACAGCAAGAAAGAGCUGCUCGAGGGCAAGGGCCAACCAAUCUCAUCUCUCCGGUCGAUUCAAGUACCAGCUCAAGGGAGAAGGAACCCAGAACCAGGGGCAGCGUCGCAGCGGUUCUUGAUGCUUUAGCAACCUAUAUCACCAACAUGCUCGCGGACAUUCAGAUAUGUCUCUCAUCUAGUGCCAGCUCAAGCCACUGAAACCUGUAGCUACUUCCCAGAGAGCAAGGGAGAUCUGUCCAGGUUUUUGCUCUGCAGCAAGGGCAAACACAAGAUCCGUCUCUGAUCUCUCCAGUAGAUUCAAGUACCAGCUCAAACGUGAGUGAAUCCUGCAACCAAUGGCGGGGGUCCUGGAUGCUUUGGCAUCCUACAUGACCAGCAUGCUCUCCGAGAUGGCCAAAGAGGAGGUCGCCAUGCUAAUCGGCGUGUCCGACGGGAUCAAAGACCUGAGCAUCAAGCUUGGGGACCUCAAGAAUUUCCUUGCUGAUGCUGAUAGGAGGAACAUCACCGAUGAGAGUGUGCGUGGGUGGGUGGGGGAACUGAAGCGUGCCAUGUACCUGGCCACUGACAUCGUCGACCUAUGUCAGCUCAAGGCCAUGGAGCAAGGUCAAACCAAGGACAGGGGGUGCCUUAACCCUCUGCUCGUUUGCAUGCGGAAUCCCCUGCACGCCCAUGACAUCGGCACCCGCAUCAAGAUGCUCAACCAAAAUUUGGAUGAUAUUUGCAAGAGGGGCAGCAGUUUCAAUUUCAUCAAGCUAGAAGCCUACCAAGACCGAAAGAUGACUGGAUAUCAUGCAACUGGUCGCAAAACUGAUUCACUGAUGGAGCGGUCAGGUGCAGUUGGUGAUAAGAUUGAGGAGGACACGAGGGCACUUGUGGAGGUGCUUACAAGGGAAGCUGCUAGUGACAAGAGAGAUCGCUUCAUGGUGGUGGCCAUUGUUGGUGCCGGUGGGAUUGGGAAGACCACCCUCAGCAAGAAGGUCUUCAAUGAUGACAGUAUCAAAGGAAAGUUCACUAAGAAUAUAUGGCUUAGCAUCACCCAAGAUUUCAAUGAUAUUGAGCUAUUGAAUAAGGCUAUCAUCGCUGUUGGUGGAGACCUACCUGGAGGUGGAGGAGCCCGAGACAGAGACCUACUUGUCGGUGCUCUCAAUAACGCCAUUAGGGACAAGAAGUUCUUUCUUGUACUAGAUGACAUGUGGGGUGUCGAUGAGUGGUCAGACGAUGUUAACUUUAUCCAAUCAGAGGGUGAAGAUGGACUGCCUCGGUUAGCUGCCCUGAUGAAAUCUGCGGAUGAAGAUGAGGAGGAUGCAGACAACACAGAAGAAAUAGAGGAGGAAAGCAUGGGCCAAGGAAGGGAGGAGUAGCAAAUCAAGGAGGCAACAUCAUGUUAAUUUCCUGCUGCUGUUAUAUGUACAAUCCCACGUGCUACCUCUCACAGCCCGGGAUCACAUGGUCCAAAAGCAUAUUUUUAUAUUUCCGCAUUUGAUUUGGUGUAAUGUAGAAAACUAAGUACAGCAUUGGAAUUGCUUGGUUUGUUUGUCAACAUAUGGCAGAAUA